AUGAAGACAUUCUCGUUGGCUUCAGUGGCCGUCCUGGCGACGUCAGUAUUGGCGCAGAAUGCCACAAGCACAUCGUCGGCGCAACUGACCGAGUAUACACUUCAAGCAGAGAACAUCACCGCUGUCAUCCUACCUUAUGGUGCGCGACUUGUCUCGCUGCUCGUCCCCGACCGCAAUGGAGUGGCGCAAGAUGUAGCUGUUGGCUACGAUAAUGGCUCGCAGUACCCUGUCGAUACUGCUACUAACCAUACCUAUUUUGGAGCUGUUGUGGGACGCUAUGCGAACCGAAUCAAGAACGGCACUUUCACAAUAGGCGGCAAUACCUUUCGUGUACCAGCCAACGAACACAAUGGGACAAAUACUCUUCAUGGAGGCACCAUUGGAUACGAUCAGAGAAACUGGACUGUCGCAGCUGUGAACGGUAGUGCUAUAACCUUGACUCUGCUGGAUACUGGCUUUGAGAACUUUCCAGGUACAGUCUUGACAACGGCGACAUUCGCAGUAUCUGCAUACCCAAGCGGACCCCAAGGACAGAUGCGACCACGGUUUACGACACGAUUGGUUUCAGUGGCACUGGACCAGCCUACCCCGAUCAUGCUUUCGAACCAUAUCUACUGGAAUCUGAACGCCUUUCAGGCAGAAAACAUCUUGAAUGACACCUACUAUUGGAUGCCAUACUCAGACCGAUACAUCCAGACAGACGGCAAUCUUAUUCCAAACGGCACAUUCGGCAUGACUGCAGACAAUCCAGGUCUCAACUUUCAGUCUCCGAAACUCGUUGGCACUGCAGUCGAUCAGACCGCUGGACACGACUACUGCGGUACAAACUGCACAGGUAUUGACAAUGCGUUCUGUGUUGAUCGACCAGUCGAAGUGGGCCAAACCUCGCUCGUUCCUGUCUUUCACGCCUGGUCUGAGACAACAGGUAUCCAGAUGGAUGUGUCUACCAACCAGAUCGGGCUGCAGAUCUUCACUUGCAUGUCUCAAGACGGCAGUAUUCCCAUCAAGCAGGCUCAACGACAGAGAAACCAAGGUGUUCAGGGUGCUACGCAGCACAUCAACAAAUUCGGCUGCUUUGCUCUGGAACCACAGGUGUACAUUGAUGGAAUCAACAACCCUCAAUGGGGAGUCAACGGAUAUGAGAUAUUCUCGCCGACCACAGGUCCAUCUGUCAAUCAUGCUACUUAUGAUUUCUCGUCCUUUUAG